GUGGAUCGCGACUUGUCAAUGCCGAGUAGUUCUCGCCAUAACUCGAAACACGCGAAGAAGCCCAAAAAGCAGCCCGCGGAGAAGUGGUACAUAAUAAAGGACAUCCUUCAGGAAAGGAAGCGCGGCGCAGACAUCGAGUACUUGGUGGACUGGGAAGACGACCCCGACACCGGCGAACGAUACCGUCCUACUUGGACCCCGAGCAAGGACGUUACAUCAAAGGCGAUUUUCGACUGGAGGAAGAAGCUCGACACACUCUAUCGUGAGGACCACACGACGCACCCUGAGGAGUCAGGAGCGCAAAACGAGGACGCAUUCACGCACACUCCAGCGGUCGAGUCGCUUGAUAGCAGUCAGCCCAUCCAAUCGCCACGCAAGCGAAAGAGACCUCAAACUUCGCAGUCUGACGACUCGCAACUCUGGAACUCGGAAGAAAACCUCAACCCACCAAAAAGGGGAAGGCUCCUUAGCGAGGCUCCUUCUACGCUUUCAUCAGACUCUUUCGCCCACACGGAUGCCGCAUCGGAUGUUCUGUACAACAACUCGACUUUCUUCGUGGCGAUUCCCUCUAAAGUAGAACAAGAUUUCUCUGAGUAUAUCAGUGUAUCGGAUUCUCAAGGCUCAACCGCCCUUGGCUCUCAGCCUAUUUCAGUCCUUGAGGACGAAGACAGCCAGGUGUUGAUUACUGAGAACCUCAGUCAAAGAACUAUUCCUGACUCACAGGAUUACUCGGCAUUUGGCACCCAAGACUUACAUGAAUUUAGCAAUCAAUUAGCGUCGUCUACCAGCAACAAGGCGAGCGCCAAAACAGACCGUGAAAUCCCCGAUUCGCAAAAACAGUCCUCAUUAAGCAAGACCACCGAUUCCCAGACUCCCCUUCUUGGUUUGCCAGAUCAUCACUCGCCGUUCUUUGCACAUCGGACCCCCUUGCAGUCUCCUUCACGCUCUUCUCAGAACCGUCAGCAGGACUCAGUGUCGUCAGGUUACAUUCCUUUGACACAGAAUAGUCCUGACCAAAGCCGGGAACCCAUUUUUGGUGAAACCUUAGCCACCUCAUCUGAGCAUCAGCAACCGACUGGACUGGCGUUAGAGUCACAGUUACAGUCACAAUCACGGUCUCAGCUGGCAUCCCAUCCAGCAACCCAACUCCCAUCUCAAUCACAGGCCACACGCAAUCGCAACCCCUCAUUGACGUCUGUAUCUGAUAGAUCGAUUCCAUCGCAUCAGAUCGACGACCUUACUACAGAAUAUCGACCUGAGCAUUCAACAAAUCGGUCGCUUGGUGUAUAUUGCCGGCAAGGGCUGCCUGCAGUCGGAACGCCUGUCUUCCAAACACAGCCUUCUUUUGAUUUUGAUAUUCCUUCCUCCCAGACAUCUUCGUCAUCCAACGGUGCCCCUGCAAGUAAUUCAAGUCCCUUGGCCGGCAUCGAAAACGAGAGGGCAGCGGAGCAGAUCAUUGCUUGUUCGGACACGCAGAACGCUCGCAGUCAGAACACGCAACUUGCGCAAGUCGUCGCGCCCCUACCUGACAUUUCUGCAAGCCAGAUUGGGUUGAGUAGCAGCAGUGCUGAAGACCGUGUAAUUCCCGACACUAUCCGGCGCAAGCCUUCACGAAAGCAGCGUCUCAACACCGGACCUACUAGUUCAGGCUCUUCUCGACCCGACAAUUCUGACGCCGGAAUUUCCAGUCGACAGCUGAAUCGAUCGUCUGCGAUACCCCAACGUGACGAGGACGAGGACGAGCACUCAGAAAACGACAGCUUUCAAACGUGCUUUGAAAGCCGAUCACCACCUAACCUUUCUUCACCCUAUAACUCACAAGACGGGGGGCGCCGCAACCAACCCAUAGCCCCACCUUUCACCAUGGAUGCAUCCAGCGACGAACCGCUGUCGGCUAUUGAGGAGCUUAUGAGAAUACAGGAGGCUGCUUUACAAGGAACGUUGACCGAGGGUGGCUUGACCAGUCCUACAACCGUUCUGGUGCAACAUCACGAAGAUGACCCUGCAAUCACGGACGCCGCCGAUCAGGCAUUCUCGGGCUCUAUGCACAUCCACUCGCAGCCCCCUAUUUCUAGUGAUUGGAUGGGAGAGCCGGUUACUUCAUCCACAGAAAUGCCUGCCUUGUCCAGCGUCCCUUCUGGCCCAGCAAUCGAGGCUCCGGUCGAUGACGCGCCUCGAACAGCCAGUAUGGGUGACAUCUUCCCCGGCAAUCUUAUGCCCCCCGAGUCCGCGGACCAACUCCCUACCACCAUUUCGCCUUCAGACAUCAGCAGGUCGAUUGAGCCAGAUCUUUCGUUGUCCGGACUUCAGCAUGAUGAUCAGCCUUUGGAGUUGCUGCCGGAGGACGAUACCACGGCAGGAGGGAAGAGCACCGUGACAUCACCCGACGUUGAGGAGCCAUAUCUUUCAGCCCCUCCGGCAGCGGUAGAUCAAAACGAAUAUUUGGUAACUGUGUCAUUCCCGGCGAAUAUCCGCCCGCUCUAUCUGAGCACGAUGACGGCAUACAAGCGCGAAAUCGAGCAGUUCAACCUCGCAUUGCAGUCCGACGAGGGCUUGCCCGACAAAGCCACAGUGGAAGCAGUUGGAAGACUGUUUGAUCAGCUCCGCAACAUCUGCGACAUGCCUGUGACCCUCGAUGGCCCUUCAAUCGACGCCUUAUCGGCAGUCGAGCUUAAGAAGCACGCCAUGGGUACCAACAGCAAAUUCUUCUUCGUCGGUCGAUUUCUUGAGCGACUGCAGACGAGUCACAAGAAAAUUCUCAUUGUCGUGCGCGACAUCAACAUUGUCGGUUAUCUCGAGGCUGUGGUCGGAACCGGGGACAUGGCGUACUCUCUCAAGGGCCUGCACGAGCUCGAAAGUCGGGAAGAGCACUCCUUGCUUGUCGUUCUUGUAUAUUCAGAGCAGCCCCUUGUCGACGAUUUGAGCGACUUCGACGUCGUCAUUGGCUUCGACAACGGCAUCCUGCAAACGGACAUCUUGGGUCGGUGGGCUGAGAUGAGCGGCAAGAAGCCGAUGCUGAUUAGACUCAUGACGACGUGCUCCAUCGAGCACCUCGAGUUGAUGAUGCCAGCAGAGCUUGAGGGCUUGGAGAGGCAGAAUGCACUCCUUAUCGCCUUGUUCCAGGCAAGGGCUCUCGUUGCCAACGAUGAACAGGGCGAGAUGAUUGAUAACUUUGCCUCUCUACUCGCAAACCAAGCAAUCGACCCUGACCCUGGCUUUGGAUGGGAGCCUGAGCUUAUUCCAUCGAACGUUCUCGACUUUUACUCUAGCACUCAGUCCCACAACCAAAUACCUCCCUCAGCGGAGGAGCUGUCGACCCGCAAACGCAAAGCCGAUGACGGGUCGCAACAAGUCGUCAAGCGCCUGCGUGUGAGUCGUUCACCUGAACAAGUUUCUGGCGACAUCGACGCGGCAGUUCACAGCCACCUCAACCCUGAUCCAUCCCGGGUGCAUGUCCAAACGACUCAGGGCUACCUAGACUCUUUGUCAACCAAGAUCUCCGAACUCGAGCAUCAGUUGGAGGAGAAAACAGCCUUGGAGAUCAACCUUCGGAAGCACAUCACCAAUCUCGCAAAGAGGGUUAAGAGCCAUGACAAAACCAUCAACCUUAUACAAGAAAGACACAUGGCCGCGCUUCGGGAGCGGAGCCAAUUUGAAUCUCUGCGUGAUGAUGCUCAGCAAAACGAGGGGAAAGCCUGGGAGGAGACUCAUGUCUGGCAGGAUAAGGCAAAAACAUUGGAAGAGGAACUCAAGAAGAAAAGUGCAAUCCUCGAAGAGGCUCUCAUUAAUGCCGGCACUGUCGCUAUUGAGACCUUCAAGGAGAAGACGGCGGAACUUGAGAAAGCUUUGGGAAAGAUUGCUGAGUUGGAGAAGAAGCUCGAAAGCCGUGAUGGCGAGCUAGGAUAUGCCAGAGAUGCAUAUCAGACGGCUAACCACGCUAACAGCGAGUUGACACGGGAAAACCGCGAGCUCAAGGAGCAGGUUGAGUUACUGCGGAAGUCAGCGGUGGGUAGUCUGGCGCAGGUCCAGAAUGUCAACGCCGGAGAGCAGGUCAAGGAGAUGCAGCGGCAGAUUGCCGAAACCCAGGCCAUCUCCAAGGACCGCGAGAAGGAGCUUGCGCGUAUUGAGAAGGAGCUGCGGGCGCUUAAGAACGGACGAAGGGAGACGAGGCAGCAGAGCGUGCCCCGGAGUCCGAGACUGGGCAUGAUGAGCCCGAGAACGGGACGCGCCGCGGGUGGUUCGGCUAGUAGAGGAACUUCGCCCACGCCUCACGAGUCGACCGGGAGCACGCCUGCUGCGGGCCUCCAGUUCUUCAACACGCCGGCCAACGGUAGAUGGGGCCACCUUCGAGACUAAGGGGGUUGUGCAAAUUGGGACUGAGGUCCGGGUCAUCGGAGAGGACCAUAUCAUGUUUGUAUGUACUGAGGUCAUGGAUGACCGCGUGAAAGAUACCAUGGAGGGAGGGGGAAGGUGUGAUGCUUGGCUUUAGCCUUUCCGAUGAGCUAGAUACAAAUAAAAGAAGUAACACUC